AUGAUUGAGAAACUCCAAAAACAAGAAAAUCACUUAGAAGAAACAAGGGAGCAAGCCCAGUCUGAAAACAGGUGCAGUAUUCAUCCCACAGAGGAGGUCAAGCUCUACUGUAAACAGUGUAACAUGCCAGUUUGUACUGAGUGUUGUGAAGAAGGCCAUGAUGGACAUCCGACCACAGGCCUUAAAAAAGCUGCACAGGAAAGGAGUUCUACUAUCCAGGUCUUGAUCAAUGAGGGAAGGAACAUCAUGGAAAGUUAUUUAAGCUUCCUCAAAAGCCUGAGGGAAGAAGAGAAAACCCUGAAUGAACAGAAACAGCAGACAGACAACAUCAUCAUUCAGGCCUACAACCAAAUGGUGAUGAAACUUAUACAAAGAAAAGACCACCUCUUGUCUGAAUCAGGAGAAAAACACACACAAAACUUGGACAAAAUACAGACUGAAAGGGACCGAGUGUUGGCAGAUGUCAAUGAACUAUCUGCUGCCUGUGAUUGCGCAGAACAAGAACUGCAGCUUGGAUGGGUCAAGAUUCUCAGUCAGCAAACCGCUUUGACAGAGGUGGUAGGAAAGUACAGAGGAAAAGCAGCACCAACUCCUGUACAAACCCAGCCUGCUGUCUUUCAGCCCACAGACACCCCAGUGCCAGUAUUGGGACAUGUGAUGGUCCAGUCUCUCCCAUCUGCACCGAUCCCAGCAGCACCUGCAUCUAGUAAUGAUGCAGCAAGGGGCACAGGUCAUCACAAUGGUAACCAAAAGCAAGGGGAGCAUCAACCUCAGAAGUUGUCAUUUGGUGGAGAGGGAUCAGAAACAGGACAGUUUCAGGGUCCAUCCAGUGUUACAGUGUCAGGUGAAGGGGAGGUCUUUGUAGCAGACCAAGGGAACCAGAGGAUCCAAGUCUUCACCCUACAGGGAACAUUUGGGAGAGAGUUCCCAACAGUCGUUUCAGGUGAAGAGAAGAUGGAUCCACAUGAUGUGGAUAUGGAUGGGGAGGGGAACCUGUGGGUGGUUGGGAAGACAGACUCUGCUGGGUUUGCUGUGCAGUACAACAAACUGGGCAGGGUGCUCAGGAAGUUUGACCUACAGGAGACAGGGUGGAACAGAGGAGUUGCCGUGGACACCAGGAGGAACCACAUCCUCAUCACACAGACCACAAGAGAUAGGGACAACAAACAUGGCGAGGUGCAGGUGUACAGGCCAGAUGGGACAUUUGUAAGAACUGUGGGUCAGCAGCAGGGGAUGAAGCUUCCACAGUAUAUCACUGUGGACGGGGAAGGGAACAUUCUUGUGUCAGACUGUCAAAGGGACCGUGUCUAUGUGUACGACGAGGAUGGACAGUGUCUGUUCUCGCUGUUUGUAGAUUUUGAAAAUGAUGAUCAGCUGCAUUUGGACUAUGCCAGUGGCAUCUAUCUGCAGUAA